CAUACUACUGGUAAUAUAACCAUCAAGUGCUUCGAGCUCUACUUCUAAUGUCUUUCGGCGAAGUUGUACACUACGUGACCCAGCCUACAGGCUGGCCUGAACAAGUGCGCGGUAUCGCUUCCUUGUUGUCACCAUCCCACUGUUCCAACAGGCCAAGUAACGGACAUUCGGCCAGUCCGUCAUCCUCGGCAUUAUCAGAGCCACUCCCUUCCCAUGAACCACCUGCACCGGGAUCAUACACUGCGAAGGAUUUUCAGUUCUUGAUUGAAUCAACAGCCGCAGGCUUAAACGCACUUGCUGAGCUUCCUCACUAUGGUGGCCAGAGAUCUACUGUUCCUCUAUGGUCUCAGCUUGUCCAUGCACUGGCAAACACUCUGUCGCCAGACGUCCUUAUUCUCGAAGAUGCGCCUUUCAUCAUGCCACGGGCUCAGAACGCGGCGAGUCAGCCUUCAAAUCUCAUUGACGGACAUGCGACUCUUCUUGCUGCUCAUGCCAUCUUUUCCGAACCUAGGACUUAUUCAGAUAUUUCGAUGACCAGCUCGCUAAACGAGCAAGACGGUGAUGAAUCAAUAUAUUCUGCAGACUGCGACUCUUGCGAUGACGAUGACUCGGUUGAUUCACUCGACCUGCCCUUGCAAGCACACAUGCUUCCGGGUCGAGGCAGGUGCCUUUCGGUCGUGAUUCCAGUCUUACUAGUCGCCGACUCCAGCAAUAUCGUUCCCCUACUGUGUAGCGCUCUUUACCAGAGACAUGUGUGGGGGAUUCGUCAGCCUGUGGUAGGCCUCUGCUGUUCCCAGACGGGUACGAUCGUCACGGCUAUCUUCGGGUGGCUCGACCAGUCUGAGGAAGGCCGCAUGGCAAGUUUCAAAUUAAUGCACAUUUUUCCAUAUUGGCCCUUCCUGAAGCCUACAGCGCACCUCGCUUUGACAGCAGAUGUCCGCUCAGAUCCUUCGAUGGGGGUGUUUGAUUUCACUGAUACCCGUUCUUCUAUCAGUCUCGCACAAUUUGUUUUGGGGUUGCGGACACAUUUUCAAGAUAUCAAGGACGCCACAUCGAUAGAAGCAGUCAAUUCUCUGGCUCCAUUGGGCUGGAGAUCCGAUUUACCUGACUUUGAAACUCAGUUUGGGGCACGAUUGGACGAACGAGUGACAUCCUGGACCCACCAGGUACACGUGCAGACGAGUUUUAGCGAGGAAUCAUCAUCAUCUACUCCUCGUACUCCGUCCCCGGUCUUGGAUACUGCGCUUGUCUCGUAUGAUACCAUGAGUUUCCCCUCGCUUCCUACCAUCCCCGAGGAUGAACAUGUCAAUGAUGCAAAUAUCAGGUCACACCAAGAGACACGCGCGAAGAGCGUGAAAGGACGAGGAAGAGGGUCACGACCAUCAUCUUCGAGGAACUCUUCGAAGAGGACCAGUCCAUCGCCACAACCGCUGUCUUGGGGUAUGGGUUCGACCUCAUCGCGUGCACCCAGCGCAUAUUCAAACUCGCAGUAUGGCGCCUCCUUCUUGGCUGAUCGCUGUUCGACGGCCUGUCGAUGUCCAAUUGGCUGUUUGAACGUCAUGCGUUCACUGUCGGUCGUAUUCCAAUCCGCCCUUGGAGAGCUGGCGAGCGAGACCGGAAUUAACGCGAUGGUCAAUAUAUAUGAUCAGAUGACGGGGUUCACCUGGUCGAACGACAUUAAAACUAUACUCUCGGAUGCAGCGUUCGAUAGCUGCGUGUCAGACAUAAGAUCAGAGCUUCUUGACACGAAUGGUGGUCCCGACCGUCAGCCCAGCGCGAUCGAUGCUCCGUCUUUGAAAGAUGUCGAGUUUAUUGCACGCCGGAUUUCCAUGCUGUUACACGCCGUACAAGGUGCCCGCAGCUAUGAUGAUGUCGCACAGUUGCACGGGGCCAACGAAGCUGAUCGGCGUCACGAGUGGGAGUCGUUACUCCUCAAUUUCUUCCAACCCGUUCCCAAGCAACGGGAUGUGUUGUUAGAGCGACAGUUGAACUUAACUCGCAAUCUUGUUGCCGAUGACCCUGCGUUCGAAACACGAGCAAUCGAUGUCAUAAACAGAUACCAGGAGUUCUGUCUGGAACAGAAUUUGUGUGUAAAAUCCGCCGUAGAGACCAGUGGAAGUUGGGAGCAGGCUGCAGCAGCACGAGAUCAAGCAAAUAAAUUUGCUGACGACCUUGUGCGUCGCGAGGGUUUCGCUGAAACGAUCGGGAACCACUCCUGUAAAGAUCCGGUCACUGGAAAAUGUGAUGCUGUCCUCGUCAUUCCAUGUUCCGAUGUUGCUACUGCGAUUCUCAAACGCAUAUCUAGUAUUGACGAGCAAGACCCACUUCUGAAAUCUUUUAUGCUCGUCCAGGGUCCAAAGGCAGAGAAACUUGACACCGGUACUAGGCAAAUUUCACACCAGAAUGAAAAGACCCGCAGCCAAAAGGCCACAUCCAACAAACCGCUUCAGGUUCCCUCAUCUUCUCGUGUGUCGGAAUCCAAUGAAAUCAAUCGAGCUCAGUUGCAUAAUCCCUUCCUUCAUCAUCCCGACCGCAACCAAACAACGCAGAGACAAGAAGCGACACUUUCCAACGAUGCGUUCUACGAUGAACCUAGUGGACAGGACCUACUACUCCCAGUGUUACUGGUCGAGUAUAAAAAGAGAGACGAGUCUGCGAUCUCGACCGCCAUGAACCAGACCAAAACGUACCUGGUUUCGGCGGUCACCUUCCUUUCUGAGCUCGGCAUUACUGAGCAACCUGUCUUCGGACUAGUCGUCAAUAGCGCACUUGGCGCCAUCACGAUGGCAUGGAAAAACAACAAUCAAAUUUUCAUCAUGGAACGUAAUGUUCGAUACUACGACAUCAGAGACCCUCUUCAGGCACUGCAAUUUGUGUCUAUUCUACCUCGCCUCGCGCGUCACGGCCUGGGACUUCGCCACCUAUUAGAAAAGCAGCUCACGGGAAUAGAUAUGACUCGAAUCCUAUCCAAGCCGUGGUCGAAAUUGUCCCAACGGCUGGAAGAAAAGAGGUUGGCGGCAGCUAAGCGGACAGACUUAGACUCAGAGCAAGCCGGCGCACAAGAAUCAAUAUAGCAGAUGAGGCGGUGCGAAGAGGAAAUAGAGAGUACAAUAUGUACUGCACAUUUAGAACAUGAUAGCCUUGUUUGUUUUACCUGCUCGCAAUGUUAUACCAAAUGUUUUCGUUCGCACUUGAACUAUCAAUUAGCC